AUGAACUAUUGUGAAGGGCCUUCUGAGCUGAUUAGUGAUGUUGUCCACAAGAUAAUGGCUCUCGAAAAGUACAGACACCGCUUCAUUCCCCACGUGGAAGAUGAUAUCAUUUACGAAGGCGAUGAGGUAGAGAAAGACGAUGAAGAUGAUGUCGACUAUAAUCUCAGUCUUUCUGACUCGAGUUCCCAAGACUCCGCGCACUCUGAAAAAUGUAUCGAGGAUGUGCUUGAAUCCCCUCCUUCAAGUCCAACCAUACAUGAUUAUCAAGAGAUAAAUGAAGAGGAAUCGAUGGAAAACUAUUUAGAGUUUAUGAAUGCUCGACAUGAAAUCGAUAACCCUCAUCUGAUGAAGCGCUGGGUCGCUGUGCAAAGGCAGUUGGAGCUAUUUAAUGAAUAUCGUCAUUUAUUGAGAGAGAAUCAGCAGAUGAAUGAAGGAAUGAAGGAAUUGAAUCAGAAUAAUGAAUGCCUUCCCUCACUAACCCGUCGAAAAUCAACGGGUUAG